AUGCCUUCGCAGCCCGCUCAUGUUGGCGGGGUCGGUGUGGGGUGGGGGGGCGCUCGGAAACCUCGCGAGGGGUCGCAGGGCUCCAGGGCGCCCGGAUCCAAGACUUCUCCAGGUCAUGCGCGUGUGAAGGCCCGAGGAGCGUCAGGUACAAGUAGGCCUCGGGACCGAAAGGCACAGUGGGACGCAGAGCGGGCUUCCGAGAGGGUUUUGGUCGGGAGCUCGGCCCCGCCGCCUCCCCUUGCUUUUUCUUCCCCCACCCCCCGCCCCGAACUCCGCGCGGCGGCUUCCCGCCGGGAACAAAGGCAGGCUCCCCAGGCUGGUCUGCGUCUGAAUAUCGCAGGCACGCAGGAGUUGAGGAAGCCUCCACUCUCCCCCGUGACCGAGAGAAAGCGCAGAGCCACGAAGGCUGGCUUUAGCACCGCCCCGCUUCCUGCGCGCAGCGGCCGGGGCCGGGCUCUUUCAGCCCGGCUCCUGCGCCGGGGGGUGCGGCCGUGCCUCUCCCACCAGCCCGCACCGCUGCCGCUGAACCCGGGCCCGGGAAGGAAGCUCGCGGCCAGAACUCCCUUCUGGGCGGUAGCCGCCCAGCUCGGUCAUUUAGGGAUCCGACGUCGCAGGGGGUGA